AUGUCCUUCUUUCUCGGAAAUACGUCGCAGUAUUCGUAUGCGGAAGUCGAUCCGGAAAAGGUGAAACUUGCCGAGAUCCAGUUCUCCGUCAUGUCUGCGACAUUCAACCGGGUGUUGGCUCUGUGCGAGAAGAAAUGCCUAGCUCACGAAUAUGGAGAAGGCGAAAUCAACACCGGCGAAGCGUCGUGCAUAGAUCGUUGUGUGGCCAAAUACGUCAAGGCAAAUGCGUUUGUGGGGGAGAAAAUGCGGCUGCAGUUGAGUCCGGAGUCGAUGCCCGAGUACCAGAAGGUGGCGCAGAUGAUGAAGUCUGCUUAA